AUGUCCAUGAUGGGAAAGAUGGACUAUUUUCUUGGACUCCAAAUUAAGCAACUAAAGGAUGGCAUCUUUAUCAACCAAUCAAAGUACUGCAAAAAGUUGCUGAAAAGUUUCGACAUGGAUAGUUUCAAGGAAAUGUCUAUUCCAAUGGGAUCCGGAUCUUAUGUUGAUCAAGAUGAAUCAGGUGUUUCGAUUGAUAUCAAAAAGUAUCGAGCCAAUCCAAAGGAAUCGCAUCUCACAGCUGUUAAAAGGAUCAUGAAAUAUCUCAAAGGAACAAUAAAUGUCGGCCUAUGGUAUCCUAAAGGUAGUAUUUGCAAUUUAGUUGGUUAUUCUAACGCUGAUUAUGCGGGAAGUAGAACUGAUAGAAAGAGCACUACUGGUACAUAUCACAUUCUUAGAAACGCAUUGGUAUCAUGGGCUUGCAAGAAACAAGCAUGUGUUGCCCUUAGCAUUGCCGAAGCAGAAUACAUAGCAGCAGGUAGCUGUUGUGCUCAAAUACUUUGGAUUAAGCAAUAA